UCACCUCAGCGCAACAUGGAAUCAUUGUAGGAUGGAGUACACCCGCCUCCACAUCUCUCCCUUCACCCCCGCUCUCCUCAAUACAAUCCUCCCAGCUUCGAUUCUUCUCCACGCCCGCAACAUCUCCUACCACAGCAUCCAAACCUCCGAAAUAGGCUACGGUUAUGUUGAGCUCCCCGCCAUGGAUGCCGAAAAGAUAAAAAAGAAGCUUAGCGGCUCAAUCUUGAAGGGAACGAAAGUAAAAAUUGAAAAAGCGAGACCAGAGAAAGAAGUGGCUAUUGAACCCGAAGAACCAGAGCCGCCGAAGAAGGAAAAGAGAAAACGCAAACGAGACGAAUUACCAGGAGUGGACAUUGGAGAGAGGCAAGUGAAGCGUGGAUGGACUACACCAGCAAAGGAUAUAAAUAGCAAAGACAAGGUCAAAUCCAAAUAUACAACUGGUCCAGAAUGUCUCUUCAAAACGAAUCUCCCACCGAAUGUCGCAUCAAAAAUUAAAACCACCGAAGUGAAGCCUGAGAAGAGAAAGAGAAAGGCAGGGAAGGAAACCGUUGUCCACGAAUUCGCUAAAGCGACUAAAUAUGCAACCUUCCUACGCAGUAGCGGAUCAAACAAAUCAAAGGGCGUUGCAGAGUAUGUCGAGGGCAAAGGAUGGGUAGAUGAAGAGGGCAAUUUGGUUGAGGAGGUCGUCACGAAGAAGAGGAAGCACAAAGCACCCGUUCCGGAACCUCCAAUCGAAGAGAGUGAGAGCAGUGAGGACAGCGGGAAUAGUGAGGGGGAAGCAAACGAUAUCGCCGAGUCAACUCUACCAAAUCCAAAGGUGGAGAGAGAGACAUCAUCUGACGACUCAAGUGAUGAUAGCUUCUCCGAAGAAGAAAAAGAGGACGCAAGCAUUACGAAGGAUACAUCAGACUCGUCCGAUUCUUCAUCAUCUGAUUCAGAAUCAUCCGAUUCGUCUGAAUAUGAGUCUGAGGUUGAGGAACCCCAAUCCGCAGUCAGCAAUCGAUCCCAUACUUCAAUCGGCCCAGCAUUAAGUAUUAAAAUUCCAGUCUCGAAUGAUUCUACUCCAAUCAACACUUCGGUCCACCCCCUAGAGGCACUCUACAAACGACCAAAAGCAGGCGAGGCAAGCUCUUCAAAACCGACUCCUCCCUUCUUUAGUUUCUUCGGCGCAGAUGGAGACGAAGAAGAAGUAGAAGAAGAGUCCUACAGUCAAGUUCCUCUCACACCAUUUACACAGAAAGACUUCGAAUACCGAGGAAUUCGAAGUGCUGCUCCUACCCCUGACACAGCACAUCCAAAUAAGAGGUUUAUCUGGCCAACAGAUCAUGACGAUGAUGAAGAAGAGCCUGAGCCAAGCUCACCUAUUCGAAAGGGCGAAGCAUCAGAAGCGAAAGAGGCGAAGGAAGGCGAACCGGAGAGCGAGUUUCAGAAAUGGUUCUGGGAGAAUAGGGGCAAUGUUGACCGGUCCUGGAAAGCGAGACGAAGGGCAGCGGCCAAGGAGAAACGGCAGCGGGAGAAUAGGAAGAGGCAGGAUCGUGCUCUUUGAUGAAUACGGGUGUGAUUGUCUGAAGUUCUGUCGAUUUAUGAGAAGAUACCCAUUGCACUGGUCUCAUCAGUCUUCUACUAUUCAAAUAUAGUGGAUUAUUACCUUG